AGAAGAAAAAUGAAAGGCUAUGCAGUCUCAUCAGAAACAAAGAAAGGUUGCCUGCUGUACCUGGUAUUCUGUGGAUGUAUUCUGGCAGGCCUGGGUGCUAUGACCUGUGUGCUCUACUGGAAACUAGGAUUUGACGGAGGAGUUGCUUGGCGAGAUAAUCCAGCAAAACAGUUUGCAUGGCAUCCAAUCCUACUUACCCUUAGUAUUGUUUUAAGUGGAAUAGGAGGAACACUGUAUAAAGUGCUGAAUAUUUCUAAACCUAUAACUAAAUCAAUUCAUGCAAUUCUAAUGAUUCUAGCUGCAGCGAGUGGAGCAAUUGGACUGUGGGCAGUCAUCGAUUCUCACAAUUUUGCAUCUCCGCCAAUUCCAAACUUUUUCAGUUUGCACUCCUGGGUUGGUAUCAGUGUGCUUGCUGUUCUUGGUUUACAGCUCCUGUUCGGUUUAAUAAUACUCCUGUUUCCUAUUCCUAGCUCUAAAAAAGCAGGAUUUAUGCCUCUUCAUAAAUAUUUUGGAAUUCUCGUAUUCGUGGGCUCCGUCGCAGCAGCCAUCAUAGGUUAGUUGCUAAUCUUGUUUCUACUGUUUCU